GAGAGAGAGAGAGAGAGAGAGAGAGGGAGAGGGGCCUUAGAGGGGAACUAGGGUUUUCUUUUCUGCCGACAAUGGCGACGCUCCAGAGCUGGAGAAAAGCCUAUGGAGCGCUCAAAGAUUCCACCAAAGUUGGGCUUGCCAAGGUCAAUAGCGAAUACAAGGAUUUGGAUAUUGCAAUUGUGAAGGCCACCAAUCAUGUCGAAUGUCCCGCAAAAGAACGCCAUGUACGAAAAAUAUUUGCUGCAACCUCUAUUGUUCGUCCUCGUGCCGAUGUCGCAUACUGCAUACAUGCUCUUGCAAGACGAUUGGCCAAGACUCAUAACUGGACGGUUGCAUUGAAAACAUUAAUAGUUAUUCACAGGACAUUGAGAGAGGGUGACCCCACCUUCAGAGAGGAGCUGCUCAACUAUUCCCACAGAGGGCAUAUUCUCCAACUCUCUAACUUUAAGGAUGACUCGAGUCCUCUUGCUUGGGAUUGCUCUGCAUGGGUUCGUACUUAUGCACUGUUUUUAGAGGAAAGAUUGGAGUGCUUUAGGGUUUUAAAGUAUGAUACUGAAGCAGAGCGUUUAAUGAAGUCUGUGCAGGGGCCUGCAAAGGGGCAUAGCAAAACAAGGGAAUUAGGAAGUGACGAUUUGCUGGAGCACUUGCCUGCAUUGCAGCAGCUUCUAUACCGUCUUGUAGGCUGCCAGCCUGAAGGAGCAGCUUUCAGCAAUUGCUUGAUACAGUAUGCGCUUGCUCUGGUUCUGAAAGAGAGCUUCAAAAUUUAUUGUGCCAUCAAUGACGGCAUUAUUAAUCUUGUUGAUAAGUUUUUUGAGAUGUCAAGACAUGAAGCUAUAAAAGCCCUUGAUAUUUACAGAAGAGCUGGUCAGCAGGCUGAAAGCCUUUCCGAAUUUUAUGAGUUCUGCAAAGGCUUGGAAGUUGCAAGGAAUUUUCAGUUUCCUACUUUGAGACAGCCACCUUCUUCAUUCCUUGCAACAAUGGAAGAGUAUAUCAGAGAGGCACCUCGAACCUCUUCUGUUUCAAGAAGGGCGGUGGAGUACCAGGAGCCAAAGCUUUUGACUUUCAAACCAGAGGAGGUUUCUCCUUCUGAAAGUGUUGUAGAAUCAGAUAAUAAACAAUUUGUAGAAAUUCAGGAAAUGCCUCAGCCUGAGGAAGUGGUUGCUCCUGAACCUGAACCACCUGCAGAUACAGAAGAUCUAUUGGGUUUGAAUGAGUUAAAUCCUAAUGCAGUUGCGAUAGAGGAGAGCAAUGCAUUGGCUCUAGCCAUUGUUCCAUCAGAUGGCACAAAACCAUCUGAGGGUUUUCUAGGGAAUAGUACAGAUCCUUCAGGAUGGGAGCUUGCCCUUGUUGCUACAGCUAGCAGCAACACCAGUCACGUUACUGAAAGUAAAUUGGCCGGGGGUUUCGACAAACUCCUGUUGGACAGCCUCUACGACGAUGCUCAAACAAGGAGACAGCAGCAACAGCAAUCAGGCUAUGCAAACAACCCCUUCGAAUCACAGGACCCAUUUGCCAUGUCCCACAAUGUGGCCCCACCACCCAACGUGCAGAUGGCCCUCAUGGCCCAACAACAACAGAUGAUGAUGUCUCCCUAUCAACAACCUUCUUACCCUCCUCAAAUGCAAAUGGGUGGGUCCGCCAACCCUUUCGGGGACUCUUUGUCCACCCUACCCACAAAUGCGCCCCCACAAGGAAACCCCAGCUUGCUUUAGGUACAAGAACAUUCUUUCAUUCAUUCAUGAAUGUGUAUUCUCUCUCACUCACUCUCUCUCUUUCUCUCUCUCUCAACCAUUCAUUGAAAGAGUUAGAUGCCUUGCUCUCUUUCUUGAAAAGAAGCCAAUAAUUUAUUGGUAGAAUUACAAUGGUCUUUUUCUUGCUCAAAAAGAAGCGAAUGAUUCAUUGGUAGAAGUGAAAUUCUGUCUCUCUCUCCAUUGUUUUUGUAAAUUUGUCGUGGUGCACUCACUGCAUGAUGUGUUGCUGCAUUGUUAUUGUACUGAGAAACACUGAAGAUUUGGUUUUAUUGAUUUAAAGUAUUCAUUUUUCAUUCUU